UGUCGGACGUGUGGGUUGCACUCUCCAAAUUAUUUAUGUUUCUUUUAUUAUUUCUGAAGGUUAAUGGUCUUAUUUUAGUAUAUACGCACUACAAGCACAUAUUUUGUUUGAUACAAAUUGAAUAUUUAAUAUAAUUACUUCAAAAGUUUGCAUUCGAUAAUUUUAUAUAAUUUUUGGGUGUGACGUGUGGAUGUGAUAGCUUUGAAUUAAUGGGGAGCUACUACAUCCGUUGCCUGUCGGAUGUGAGUGAUUCAGUUCUGUGAAAUUUCUUCCUCCAACUUAUUAACAAUAACAUUGUCUAUAAUCAUGUGUUUGUAUUACUAUUGGGAUUGGAUUACUUAUUUUUAGAAGUGAUGUUCACUUAUGCAAUUGGAAGAAGGUAUGUAGAAUCAGGCGACUCGUCCCUUCAGUGUAGCGACUGGGGCCCCUGAGUGAAUGGGUUAGUUCUGGAGCGCAGUGUAGCUGGCAGAGUCGGAGCUUGGAUGAGCAGGAUAGGAAUGAGAGACUCCGAUGGCGAAGGGCAGUCCAGAGAUGGUAAUGCCGCUCAACAUCAUCAGUCUUCAUUUGGUUUCGAAAAUUUCGAAGUGACCGGGCAACAGCGACAGAAAUCACGGAGAGGCCAGCUACAGAGAAAUGACGACGAGAAGAAGCCAGAAAAUGGAAAGACAUUCAUGUGCAUUCAGCCAGGAUGUCCGAGAACGUUUUCUUCCAGAUUCAAGCUGGUAAGGCACAUGCAAAUUCACUCAGGGGAACGACGCUUCCAGUGUACUAGCUGCGGUCGUCGCUUCCACAGGAAAGACCACCUCAAAAAUCACUUGCAAGUCCACAACCCCAACAAGAUUUUCCACAACUGCGACUUAUGCCAGAAGGCGUAUCGCUCCUUGCUGUCCUAUCGCAAACACAUAGCUCUGCAUGCGGCCGAGUCUGGAGAUCUUGUUUGUAAGCUUUGUGGUAAAAUGCUAGCGGAUAAGGAAGGCAUUUUGCACCAUCUGAAAGUCCAUACUGGUUCAAGAACCCUGCGUGGCCCUAGCGAAAGAAAGUAUCCUUGUGACCUGUGUGACAGGGCUUUCUUUACGAAAAAGGAUGUCAAGCGCCAUUUGGUAGUCCAUACUGGCAAUCGUGAUUUCGUCUGUCAGUUCUGCUCUGUUAGAUUCGGUCGCAAGGAUCACUUGGUCAGGCACACCAAAAAGAGUCACGUUAACAACUCAAACAGCCCACCUUCUUUGGAUCCAGUGCGGAAAUAUGAACCGCAAACACCUCAGCCUAUUGACAGUCGAAAAAGUAGCCCUUUGGUUGUACCUUCCCAGAUGUCUGAUAUGCCUGGACUUGUGAUAUCUCCAGCUACUGGUUCUUCCAUGAUGGAUCCGCCUGUUAUGGAUCAACCCAUAAAGCCUGAUCCCACCUACGCUAUACCUCCCCACACUAGUGUAGUGCAGUCCAAUUACUCCUUGAAUUCCUUGUCCGGUGAGAAUGGUCAAAGUUUGGGGAAGUAUAGCGAGCCCACUCCUCUUUUGCCCACUUCUCAGUACCUUCCCAUGUCUCAGUCCUAUUCAGGUGUGACUCCCUUAAUGCCUCAUCACUACAUCAAUAUGUCCUCCUCAGGCAAUAUUCUAUCAGAUCUUUUACCUCCUAUGUCUAUGGCACCUGCAUUCACUUCUUUGCCCUUGGAUGUGAACAAUCCUCCUCUACCUCAUUUCAACCAGGCCUUUCAGUAAUGGACCUACUCUACCUCAUUUCAACCAGGCCUUUCAGUAAUGGAGAGCUGGUGUCUUCUUUCUCUUUCACUUCAGCAGGUUUUCUGUUUUCUUUUUACCUGAAACCCCAUGUGUCAAUUACUGAUUUUAAAAAUUUUGAAAUUCUCCGAUUAAGAAAGGUAGCAAUAGCAGUCACUGUUCUCGUGACAUAUUUUUCUAACAGUUAAUGAUGUAUAAAUUUUAACGGUCUGCUCUUUUUCAGGGUUUAUAUUUGAACGGAUAAAUACUAUUUUAUUCUAAACAUCGUAAAAAGAUUUUAUUUUUUCCAAGAUUGUUUUCAGUGUAUUUAAUUUGCAGCACCACAUGUUGCUCUAACAAGUUCUAAUCCUAUCAUCAACAUCUCUAACAGCAGUUGUUUGUCUAAAAGUAUUUUAAUGAACUUAUCUUUAUCCUUAAGAAUUAAAUUUAAUGAGAAAUUGCUAUAUUUAAUGUGAUAAUUUAAAUAUUACCUUCCGUCAUUAGGUGUUGCUGAUCUCUCAAAUCGCUUGUAUAUGUCUUGGCAAAUGUGAUUAACCUGGUGAUUACGUAUAAUCACUGAUAAGUAUUCGUAAUCACCAGUUUGUUACAUUUACUGUAACGUAAAUUUAUAUUUCUUGCUUCAAACUCAAAAUCAGAUGGUAACUUCAUCUCCUUUUAAAGCUACCUGUAAUUGAGAAAAACAAAGUUUUAGUAUCAGUCUUCCAAUGUCAGAGACAGGAAACUACAGUUCUGAACCUCCAAAAUGCCUCGUUUUAAUUCGUAAUGUUUUAUUCAUUUAUUAUUUACAUAUUUUAAACUAUAUUCUGUUAAAGUUACGAGAUACGGAGGGGAUAGAUAAAACACUUGAAUUUUCUUUAGAAAUUGUGAAUGAUUAAAUAUUUUAUAAUGCCUUCUACAAAGCAGUUAUUGCCUUCUACAUUGCAAUGAAAAUCUGAAAAAUGUUUUUGUAGGAUUGUUUAAAUAUAAUUUAUUUAAUAAAAUAAAUAUUUUAGGUUAAUUGUUAAAAUUAAAGAUUGAGACAUUUUUAAAUGAAAGAGUAUGUGAUCUGAGAGAUCGACACAUAAUGUCAGGCCAAACGAAAAAUUGAAUUAAUUUAACAACACAUUUAUUGUAAAAUUUGAUCUUAAGCUCUUCAUUUAUAUUGUACAUAAAUAUGAAAUAAUAUUUACUAUGCACGAAUGGUAUUAAUGUUUUAAAGAAGUGCCUAAGCCUAAAAGUAUUUUUUUAUAACGAAGUUCAGAGUAUUAUUUGGUUGUAUUUCUCUUUUUGUCCUUUAUUUUCAUAUUUCCCUGUUUAGUGACUAUUACUAAUUUGUGAUCUUUGUCCUCGUAAUUGAGAGUAAUUGUAUUAGUCAACGAUCCUCUGCCAAUUGUUUAAAUAGCUGUGAUACACAAGCUCAAUUAUAAUCUAGUGUCUUCUGCAAGUAUGCUAUGUAGUCAGUCAACGAUUGAGCUUCAUUCAUGUCUUGAAAUAUCUGUGGUUUAAAUGUUUUCCGCCAUCUUUGAUCUAAAAAGAAUAUUUCAUUCAGGUUUCAAAAUAAUACGUGCCUUACAAGUUUUUGAUUACUCACCAAUUCCAAAAUUUUAAUAAUAAUACAUGUCUGCAAAAUUAAACUCUUUAAAUUUGCCUUUUCUAGAACAAUUUUUUGGUUGCAAAUCAGGAACCUGAGAAAUCUCAUGGCAACAACUGUAAAUGAUUUAACCACCUUAAUUCAAUUCUUGAAUAAUUAUUUAUAUAUUUUAGUUAUACACUAAGCAAUGUAUAUUUUUAAUCUUCACUAUUUUUUUUAAAAUGCUCAGUAGAUUUUAAAACUGAUAGUCGACAAAUAAUUCGAAUAGUUUUGAUAAAUAAUUCGAAUAAUAAAGCCCCAGAAUAUUCCACAGGGUUGCCAGAUUUCAUUUCAUAAAAAAUUAGAUUGUUUUUUCAUUCUGAUAUAAGCUACUUUAUAUUAACUGUUCUUUUAUUAAUAGACAUGUUUGAUAGAUACAAUCAGUUUAUAAAAGAAGGCUUUAAUUCUACGAGGUAAUGAAAGUAUUUUGUUGUCCAUCGUGUGAUGCAUGGAUUUUUAUUAUUAGAGUACAAAUAUUUAGCUAUUUUUCUCAGCUAUUUAGCACUGCCGAUGCUCCACCAACCUGUGUUCAUAUUUGUUUAUGUGUGUUUACUUAAUUUUUAUGAUUUUGAGUAUAGUUUAUUAUUGUCAAUGUGAAGAGAGAUUAUAUUUAUAUGCAAUAUUAAAUAACCUGGUGCCAAGUAAUUUCGAAUUCACCAAAGCUACUGGCUGCUGAAAGAGAAUGUGUCAGGUAAUGAUAAAACAGAAACACAGCAUGGAGUGAAGUUACAGUUAAAGUUACAAGCUUGCAGUACUGUCAAUCAAUUUGCAGUGAUUUUGAGUGAGUAUAUGCAGGAAACGAAGUGGCCUUAAUUGCCUCCGCAAUGCCUUAAGGACAAUCGAUUGAUGUGUUGUUGGAAGCUGAGUUAUUGUUAGGAAUGCUGAUUUCAGCAUGUGAUGAUUUAGAAACUGUUGUAUCAGACGUGCAGCAGCUAGUAUAUCCUAUUUUGUUUUGCACUAGGGUUUUUGUGUUGGGCAGACUGGCUGUUUUGAGAGACGAAUUUGAGCUUUAAAUUCUUUUUCUUUCUUUUUUAAAUGUGUCCUUCUGUGAUUUAAGGCUUAAAUUUCUGUCUUUAAUUUUAUUUAACAUAUGCUUUUUAUACAUAUUUAGCGUAAUAUUAGAUUUGUGUGGAUGUUCUUUAUUACUAUGUUAAUUUUUUUAAAAAUGGUAUUGCAAUUAAUUUUCCCAGCCAGUCUGUCUUUUUGAAGGUUCCUCUUGUCUUAUUGGUUCUUUUUUUUAUGUAUUUUCAGAUUUAGAUAACCACACAGUGAACUAUUUUGUAUAUUCCUGUUAUAUACAUCCAUAAAUGUCUAUUUUUGUAAAUCUAGUUUAAUGAGAUUGCACUCUGUUUGAAGGGAAAUCUUUUGGCUUUGCUUUAUGUUAAUUCUCUCAACCCGUGUGUCAUGAAAUGUUUGCUUGUAUAACACCAUUGCGUCUUUAAAUGUUAUUACUUUGUAUAUUUUCUAGAAUUGCUUAUGCGCAAACGAUAUCGAGUUUUAUUAAACCUUCAGGAAAGACAAGGCAAACAUUGCUGUUGAUUGAAAAAUUCAUUUUGUGAUUUUUAUAUUCACCGUAAUUUUAAUAAUUAUAAUUAUAAUAAUUAUUAUUUUAAUAAUUAUAAAUCAUAUUCGGUAUUAAUACCUUUUUAUCAGGCUACAGUUAGCAUUAGUUUUUUUUAUAAAAACCAAAAAGGUUUAAAGUAUCAGAAUAUACAUUAUAAAAGCUUCGGACAUUCUAAAUUUUUCAUAAUAAAACAGUUAUAUUAUCGAAGUAGCUUGUUUUUCCAAAAUGAGUGAGAAUUAAAUAAUCGGAUUGUAUAAAAUGUCUACAAAAGACUUCCCUUCAUGUAUUCUCUCAGAUGCAUUUGUUGUUUUAGUAAUUUUUUUAAUAAGCCAAUGUGACUGCAUUUCUGAUUACGUCGUAUAAUGGGACCAUUUUUUAAAGCGCUGUUAUCAGCUCUACUAUUAUACAUGUCUACCUCAUUUUUUGAACGCUAUGAAUGUUGCUGGUUUUUAGAAAAUAUUUUAUAUAGAUCUUUAUCUUUAUACUCUUUUAAGAAUACAAAUAUUGUGAAUGUUGUUUUGUCUUAUUGUCUAAUUUUAAUAUGGGAAAAGUAUUCGUGUAAAGUUUUCAGAAUCGUUCUAGAUCGUCUAAUUUUCUGCCAAGAUCAAUCCUUUUAUAUGAUUUUCCGUAAUUUUCUAAAGAUGUCUUACAUUCCAAUUCGUUUUAUCAGUCUUUUAUUCCUAAUCUUUUAUUCUUUAAAUCCAAUAAUAAUUUAAUUGAAAUAACAUGUUCUACUUGAGAUAUUUUCAUAUUCUUUCAUGCCUUUUAAAUGUUUAGAAGGGGAUGAGAAUUUUUUGAAAAUUAUUGCAUUUAGUGUAUUCGGUUAAUAUAUCGAAUACCUUUCAUCGGAAGAAAAAUCCAGUUUGAAUUUUAAUCUUUAAUACCAAACGAUAAAUGAGAUAUUUGAUGAAGUGUUAUUAAUGCUUUUAUUUAAAUGACAAAAAAAUAUCAGUUAAUUUCUUUUUUGUUUUGUCCACAUUGCAAUCGAAUCGAAUUUCCAUAAUGGUUAUUUGUUUCCCAGAUUAGAUUUCUAUUUUUUUCCUCCAUCAUGGCCUUUAUCUUAAAAUUUGAUAUCUGCUUCUAUUGUCCUUUUUAACUUCGUAUGUAAUAAAAAGAAACGAAAAUUUUGUGAGCAUUUUAAGGCUAAAUAAUAGCUACUUCAUUACAGCUUCGUCAUUUUUUUUUCCCUUUCAAAAUUUUUACUAAAACCAUCUUUCUACUCUAAGAAGAGAAACUUCUGUAGAGGGAAAUUGAAAUAAUGACUCUAUAUUCGAAUAUUUUAUAGCCUGGAUUAUUGCAUAUAUUUGUAGUAGUUAUUUUCUUGUUAUAAAAGCUUACAUAGAAUGCAUUUUCUACCAGAACAUAAUCUUUUUUUCAUUGUAUUCUGCUUAUGAAGAAACUAGAAAUCUGUAUCACCAUCCUCUUUAUUCAUUAAGCAAGUUUUGUUGCUAAAAAGUCUGUGGAAAUGCUAUCUGGAUCUGAUUUUUUUUUCUGCUGUAAGUGUUAUUGUAUUAUGUCUUGGUCUAUUUUAUUUUAUUUUUGUUUUGUGUUUAUCAUGGAAUUUCUUUCUCUUUGUAGAAGAAUGUUGAGCCCUAUUUUAUAAACAUCCUUUCAGAAUAAAUAUUAUAUGACAGUCUUUGUGAUUUUAGAAUGGAGCUUCUUAAACUGCUUCCAAUCGCGUCUCUUUACGGGGUAAAAUCAGUAAUAAAAAUUAUUAACCCCAUUUUCAUCGCGAAAAUAUUGUCCAGGCCUUAGAGCUAUAAGAAAAUCAAGUAUUAAAUUAAUAACUUAAAGGAAAUUCCUUUAAAAGAUCAUAUCGAAUAUUUCAAUGAAAUUCUCUUAUUCAAAACUUUUCGUUAUUAUUUUUAUUCACAAUUGUUUAUAUUUCUUUGAGUAUCAGUGAAUAUUCUGAAAAAUAAAAACCCUGAAAGCAGUUUCGUUUCUUUAAUAUUUUUCCAUACGACCUCAAUUGUGAUUUAGAUCCGCAAAUGAGGUCCCAGUUUAAGAAGCCCAUUUUGCAAAAAUUUUCGCAAUCAGUGGCGUAACUAGGCAUUAUGGAGUCCCGCUAAAUGUGUACAGUAAGGCCCCUUUAUCAAUCCUCUUCAGUGUCUAUGAGCCCAUAUAAUUGUAAUCUUCCUCGAUUCAGAGGCCACCUAAAAUCAUGGGACCUUGACAUUUCACCAGCCGUGCUAUCCUGUAGUUACGUCACUGCAAACAGUCAAAUUUGGAAACUUGCAAAGAAAAAAAAAAAUUCACGUACAUGAGCAUAAACGACAAAGCAGUUUGAACUGUGACAUUUCCCACCUGUAUUUUUUGUUAUUGUUUCUUUUUAUUUGAAUACCCACCCUUAUUAUUAUUUUUUUGUCAUGUAUUUCUUGUGAUAUAACUUGUGCCUCGUAAAUAGUUCCUUGAUAAGCUACCGUACCCUGACAGUUGUGGGUACCAGAUGGUCUCAGUGAGUUGGGGGUGGGGAGUACAGAAAAUGGAUUUCUUCCUUCCUGCUAUCUCUUCCACUGCCUUCAAAUAUUCCAAAAGAAGAAAAAAAAAUGCAUAUUAGUCAUUGUAGCUGUUCUGCAGUUAAAAAUAUGUUGCGUUUCAUGUUUCUGCUUUAUUUAUAUAAAUAAUGUUAAGGCUGCAUCUUAAUGAAGUAAAUCAAAUUCUUUUACUGACUUUUGAAUAAUUUGUUUCACCAAUGGGUUUGGUUAUAUAAUUAGUUAAAUGAUAAUAAGUCAUGAUGACAGUUGAUUCUUUUUAACUUGUGUUAUUUAAAUGCAUAUUCAUAAAAUUACAAAACAGAUAAAAAUUUGUAUAUUAAUGUUACUCAUAAAAUCAAAAUUACUAUUAAAAGUGCCUUAUUUUGAUCAAUAAAUGCUUAAAUAUGCAGGAUGAGUUCCAAAGUCUUUAUUAUUUGCAAAUGUGAAUAUACACUGAGAUUCGACAGUAGUUUUUUUUAAGCUUUUAAGAAUAGGCCUUUUGCAAUGAAUUUAAUUACUGUCUUCAAUAGUUAUUUUAAUCUGAUUCUUUGUAAUCGUAGAAUGACUAUACAUAUUAUAUACAAUUUUUAAAUUAGAUAAAUCCAAUUACAAAAAUAUCACUCAUUGUUAAUAUAAAAACCAGGAAAAUCAUGCAAAUAUACAGCAGCGAAAAAAAAAUGCAUCAUAAUCACUGCUAAACAAGUUAGAACAAAACAUAUGGCUUGGUUUUAUCAGAAAAUUAAAAAAAAAAAAAAAAAAAACUGUGUAUCUGUUAUCAUAUCUGAUGUAAGUUUUUGCAAUAAUAUUUGCUAGCAGCAAAAUCGUUUGCAAAUUCAAAAUUUGUAAAUAUAAAAAGCAUACGAAAUAUAAAAGAAGCAUAAUUCAUUAUUGAUUAAAGGAUUAAUAAAUGUUUUUGAAUUUUCACCUGCAUCAACCUAACUUCUGUUAGAUCUUACAGUUUUAAAAAAAAAAAAAAAAUUCUCUCUUACUUGAAUAAGUUUUUAAAACCCUCUUUUGACUUUUUAAAAAUGAAAUUUAUUCAUAGCAGGGAAGGAAGAAUCGAGAUACGGACUUUUCACAUUGCAUGUUUUUAGAAUAGAUUAUUGUUCCUUUUUCGUCAAGUGCCAAUGUCAUCUUCAUUCAACAUCUAUAGUAUUAGUGACAUAUGCUAGUAGAUGUUCUAGUUCGGCUGCUGAAAUAAAGUACAAAUGGAUAUCUUACGAAUUUCAGUAUUCUUGGGAGAGAAGCUUUAAUUAUUAAAGUCUAAACCAUUCGCUUCGAGUCAGUUGCGCCGCCAUUUUAUAUUGAAAGAAAAAGUAUUAGUUUAUAUCGUUGCUUUUAAUUAUUUUAAAUUUAAAUCUCAUUUUUUAUCGUAUAUUAGGAUAAAGUAUAUAAGUAAAGUAUUUUAUACAAAGUUAUUAAUGCAAGAAUUUUGUGAUAUUUGAAAACUGAAAUUUAGAAGGCAAGAAAAAUUGUUCUACAACUUUUGAUAAUGAUCUGUCACUCAUUUUAAGUUUAUUCAAGUCUGUUUGUUCGCAAUUCUUAUAUUAUUUAUUUCUAUGAUUUGUUAUAAUUUGUAUUUACAUGUAUUGUUUUAAUUACAAUCUCAAGAAAGUAUUAUGUUUUGAUUUACCUGUUUUUUUAUAAUUAUAUGUAUCAUCUCUUGCCUAUGUGUAAUGUUUUAUUGUUUACAUAUUGUACUAAGACAAUUGAGAUAUCUUUUCUAUUUUUAUUACUAAUAGAAAGAUAUUGUAUUUUAUAAUGUACCGAUGUGCCUUUUAUAUUAUAAGAGUUCUAGGGGGAAAAAAUGGAAAUACAUUAUGGUCACUCCGCCAAAUUCAUUUUUUUUUCCAACCCUCAGGUCUUAAUAGUGUUGAAUAUAAUACCAAAUUUGGCGACUUAUCGCUUGAAAAAUUCGAGUUUGAUGACAAUACCGUGUUCUUAAGUCUGCCAUGAAUUUGUUAUUAGAAAUCAUCUGAAUAAAUAUAAUAUAUAAAAAUUUUUAAUUUUAUUUUUAAAUUUAAUGAAUUUUAGUCUUGAUUAGCUUUUAUAAAAUCUUUAUACAUGCAUAAUCUUGGAGAUCGAUACAAAGCAAUUAAUUUUGUAUUGAUGUAACAUUCUUUAAGAUAAAAAAAAAUGUAUUUAUCUUCACCAAAAUAUAUCUGCACACAUAUGUUAUGUCUGGUCCAUAAAGUGUAAACUCAAAUUUAUCUUUGAGGUAUCUGUCUACUUUCAAAGUGCACAAAAAUUAAAAUUCUGUUUUAAAGAUUUUGUAUUUAAUUCAUAACUCAAAUAAUUUCCUGAUCGCAAUAAAUGUAUUAAUGAAUUUCGAUAUUAUAAUGCUUUAAUGUGUCAUCGUUUAUGUAAUAGUUAUCGAAGGUGUUUAAAGCCUUUGGUGUACCAUCUAGUGUUUCAAAAGCACCUUUAACAAUGCAACUUUCAGUUUUUCGAAAUUAGUGUAUUUCAGUAAGAGUAAUAUGUUUUCACCUUCAGUCCUUAUCAAUCACAUAACAAACGAAAUAGUUCUCAGAUUAUGGUAUUAUUUUUACCAUAUUCAUCAUAUUUGGCUAUAGAAAGAGAUGUAAAAGCAUUUAAAUUUUAUUUCCAUGUGAUCUUUGUUCCAAGUCUCUACGUUAUUGUAAAAGUGAUAUCUUGUUAGCAAUAGCUUCACUCUUAAUUUUUAUAGGAAUGAAAAUUCAUCUUUAAAUAGUUUCAAAAUCUGAGAAAGUAGAUUUUAGCAUAAAUCAAAUUUCCCAUAUUUUAUUCAAAAGGCCAUUUUAAUGUAGGCAGAUGCCUUAAUGUGUUACAAAUGCGAAGAACAAAUGUGAAAACAAUGCAAUUUAUGUGUUUUACUACAAAGAAUUGAUAUUGAGAAAGAUUUUAUUUUUGUAUUUGAUAUUAUAUUUUUAAAUUUUAUGCACACGGGUAUUCCUAUCUUCAGUAUUUUUGGUUAUUGGAUAACGUGUAUUUAGUUUGUUAGUUCCUACAUUUCCUAAACCAAUACAUUUAUUUGUGAUGUUAGCUUUAUAUAAAAACAUAUGAUUCAUUAUCUGUUAAACAUUUUUUUAACAUUAAAAGCAAAUUUUAAAGUUGUAAUAAACACUUUCUACUCAUAUUUGGAAAAAUUAAUAAUUUUUAUUCGAUAUGAAAUGUUAAAUUGCGUUUAGUUAUUGUAUGAAAACUGUAUUUUUCCCGUUAGAUUUUUUUUCUUACAAAAUAUGCAUGGUUAUUGCGAAAUUUUGUAAAUUUUUUUUUUUUAAUAAAAAAAGGGAUUAUUUUGAAAUUAUAUGGAUGAAAAAAUGAACCACCGGUGUUAAGGAUGAAAAAUAUCAUCCUAUUAUUAUUUUUUUAUUGUCAUUUCAUUUUAUUAUUUGAUUUUUUUUUAUGUGUAUGUGUUGAUUUCCUUUCUAGUGACAUUCUUUUAAAAAUGAAUUCUUAUAAGAUUUUUUAUAGAUAAGAUCAGAAUUGAUUAAUUAUCCUAAUUUUAGUUUUUUAGAAAUGAAUUAAUUUUAGUUUUAAAUUUAAUUUUCUUUAAAACUUAAAUUCGUAAAAACGAAUUUUCAAUUUUUUUUUUUUUUUUUUUUUUCAAAUGUGGCAUUCCGAUAUUCGUCAAUCUAACAAGAAUUUUAUUUUCAUAAAACGCUAUAAUUUUCUUUUUCCAUUUUUACUUUUUGCGUUUGAUUCUCUUAUGAUCAGAAUUUGUGACAGGAUUUGGGAGAAGAAAAAAAAAUUCUUACUUUACAAUAUUUCCUCUAAGUUUCGAAUACUUAUGUUUCUAAUAAUAUCUUUUUCUAGUUUCCUUUUUGCUUCAUUUGUAAUAGAUGAAAUCUUUCGUUGAUUAUUUUUGAUUCCACGAAUAAAAAUUUUAAUGGAGGUUACUACUAAGGAAAUCAAGACUGACAAUGCUUUUUCCCGGUUUUUUAUUCAAAUUAUAUAUUGCUAGUUAUAUGGCAACUUAAAAAAAUUAAUAAAAAAAUUAUUUGAAAAAAUUUAUUAUAAAAAUUAUUAGAAAAUUUAUUUUUUUUUUUAAAUUAUAUAUAUAUAUGGCAAAAAUAUUGUGCCUUUUUUUUUUAAUUGCUAACCCUGUGAAAUUUGUUUACAGGUUUUCUUUUGAGAAAUAUAACUCUCAAUUGUAUAUUCUUUAUUGUAUUGCACAAAAAUUAUUGAAAAACGAUAGCAAAUAUAUAUAUGUUUAUGGCAAAAAUAUGUGCUGCUUUUUUUAUUAUUAUUAUUUUAAACCCGUGUGAAAUUUAAAUAUAAUCAGUACAUAUUCUUACCUUUUUUUUUAUUUUAUAUUAACAAAUAAUUGCUUUUGUAUGCUUUCUGUGUUAUUAUAUCGUAUUAUAUAUAUUAUAUGUUAUUUGCGUACUGUUUCUAUUAUAUAGCAGAUAAACUCGUAGAAUGAUGCUACGCAGUUUUCUAUCCUACCUCGGUUUAUGUGUUUAGAGCAAGUUCUGGAUUAUUUUAAUAAACUAUUUUUAUGCA